GCAAUGCAGCAGCACUACCCCCCGCCGGGCUAUGCGCACCCAGGGCAGACCAUGAACAUGGGGCCCGCGCAGUACAAUGCGAUGCGUUACCAGCUGCCCCCGCAACCGGGUGACCAGCGCGUGCUGUCCGGCGGUCGCCAUAAGAAAGAGAUCAAGCGUCGCACCAAGACCGGGUGCCUCACAUGUCGCAAGAGAAGAAUCAAGUGCGACGAAGCGCAUCCAACCUGCAGAAACUGCCAGAAGAGCAAGCGCGAGUGUCUUGGGUACGACCCCAUCUUUAAGCAGCAGCCCGGUCCGGCCCAGAUACAGCCAGCGCCCAACUCUGCACCAACACCACAUUCCUCGACUCCACCCGUGCCCGCGCAAGCCCCACCUGCACCUGCCAACUUCCAAAGUCAGGUCCCUCAAGGGUAUGCGCCUGCCUCCUCUGCCGGCUACGCACCUGCCGCCGCUGCCCCUAGUGCUACCCAUGACCCUCAAGCUUUCAACGCCAUCGACCCUGCACUCGCUGCCGCCGCAGUACCUGGAAUGCAUCCAAGUCAACCACAGUACAACGGCGUGCCAAUGGACCCUGCAAUGAGGCAACAGAGCUACGCGCACCCGCCGCCUCCACCAGAGCCGCUCAAGGGCAAACGACUCAACAUCGCUGACAUCUUUGGCAUUUGCAACCACAGCCCACCAGAAGUCCCUCCCCGGACAGCUCCACCACCACCUGAGAUUGACCAGGAGUUCUCUCAGAUCUUCGUCAACGACUAUGUCCAAGGUCUCGACUACAUGCUGCAAACGACGUGGUUUUCGAAGGACAGCAACGCCGUUCACCGCAUCUUCACCAACCAGGCCCUGCACGAGGAGGCUGCUUUCUUCACAGAAACGAUCAAGACGCAGAACAGUGCAGCAGACAUGUCAAGCGUUUUCAGUCAAGAGGCUCGACUUAUCUGGCACUUGCUAGGGUCGUGCAAGCUCCCAUCACCGGCUACCAAUGGUGUCAAGCCUGAGGAGGGCGAUGCGCACCCCGCACAGUCUGAGGAAGCAGUGCUGAGAGAAGUCCGCGCUCGAUUCGAUGUACUGGAAGCUUUGCUGACCAACUCGAACCUUGAGAUAAAUCCUCUACGUGAUAUCUCAUACCCCGAAGACAUUCACGAGGAGAAGAAACACGAGAUUGAUUUCUGGCUCAACCUUGGCGACUUCGUCCGCUAUGCUGGCGAUGAGCGUGCACCGCCUGGCGCUGCAGACAUUGCUCUUGGUACGAUGCGCACAGUGCUGCGUGUACAGGAAGUGCGAGACGCCAUCUACUCGAUAGCCGUUGCCCGACACUACGGAGCGCGGAUAGGAGGCUUUCCGAACGCGCUACCACAGUUAAUGGACCCACACGAGGACAGCGACUUAAGCAAGCUUCAUGUUGCUAUGUCCUUCAUCAGCCACGAAAGCCGUGCAGGCUCACAGCAAGUCUUGGCUCGCAUCUGUGACAUGGCCAUGCUGUCUUGGGCGGUGGCCAGAAGUCCUUAGUAUGGCAAACCAACCUUGCGGACUUUCUUGGUUGAGAGCGGCUCACCACGUGCAUGGAUCCUCUCCAAGUUCUGACGAUCUUUCAGGCUGUAUCUGUACCACUAGCGGUCGGAACAUUGUUUUACAUUAUUGCAUGCAUGCCGCUUAUGCGGUCGUUAUAUCCCCCUGGUUUUCUUCUUUUGCAUUCGCUACGCCACUCUUGGCUACCUUCUUGUGGAUUAUACACACUUAUCCCCCAACUACUUUGUUCGAUCGAAAUACCUGCAUAUAGCGAGGGAGCUGGUGGUUCUGGCAGUAAGAAACGUACAACAAUAC